GAAAUAAAGCGUCCAGGCGGACCGUUUUUUCCAGCAGAUCUUUUUUUGGCUCUGUCUUGGGAUUGAGAUGACAACCAAAGGGUAGACGUGGAGAGAUUUUCUGAAUUUGUUAUUUUUUAUUAUAAUAUUAUUUUUUAUUUACGCACUCACGCGACUUCCACAACAAAGUCUUUGCUUUAUAAACAAAAGAGGCGCCAUUUCCUUCUAUUGUUGACAGGGCCUUGGGCCUCACUGGUUUGAUCGCAAUGGUACUUAUUCUGGGCAGAAGAAUGAACCGGGAGGACCCUGGAGUCCGUGAGGCUCCAGCGGUCAAGCGAAAGGUUCUGGAGAUGGACAACAAGCCCCUCAGUAGUCAUGAUGUAUUUGAUUUCUCCUCCGGCCCGUGCCACUCAGAAAGCAUCCUGCAGAUGUUUAACGAGUUCCGUGACAGCCGUCUGUUCACCGAUGUGGUCAUCAGCGUAGAGGGCCGCGAGUUCCCUUGUCACCGUGCUGUGUUGUCAUCUUGCAGCAGCUACUUCCGUGCCAUGUUCUGCAACGACCACCGCGAGAGCCGUGAGAUGCUGGUUGAGAUCAAUGGCAUCCGUGCUGAAGCCAUGGACACCUUCCUGCAGUACGUCUACACCGGACGUGCCCGCAUCACCACAGAGAACGUGCAGUUCCUCUUUGAAACAUCCUGCCUCUUCCAGAUCGGCACUCUGAGGGAUGCCUGUGCCAAGUUCUUGGAAGAUCAACUUGAUCCUUGCAACUGCCUGGGCAUCCAGCGUUUCGCCGAAGCGCAUUCACUCAAGCAACUGGCCAGCCGCUGUCAUUCAUAUGCACUGCAGAGCUUCGCCGAUGUGGCCCAGCAUGAGGAAUUCCUGGACUUGCAUAAGGAAGAGCUGGAGGAGUACAUCGGCAGUGACGAGCUGAUUAUUGUAAAGGAGGAAACUGUUUUUGAAGCAGUGAUGCGUUGGGUGUACUAUAACGUGGACCACCGCAAAAUCGUACUGAGGGAUCUGCUCACCCACAUUCGCCUGCCUCUGCUGCACCCAAAUUAUUUCGUGCAGACUGUAGAGGGUGACCAGUUGAUCCAAAAUGCACCAGAGUGCUAUCAGCUUCUGCACGAGGCCAGACGCUAUCAUGUGUUGGGCAAUGAGAUGAUGUCACCCAGAACCCGUCCACGCAGGUCUACUGGAUUCUCUGAGGUCAUUGUGGUAGUUGGAGGGUGUGAGAGGAUGGGUGGUUUCAACCUGCCAUACACCGAAUGCUAUGAUCCCAUUACCGGUGAAUGGAAGUCCUUAGCCAAACUUCCAGAGUUUACAAAGUCAGAGUAUGCUGUGUGUGCUCUCAGGAACGACAUUCUGGUCUCAGGGGGGAGAAUCAACAGCAGAGAUGUGUGGAUGUACAACUCCCAGCUCAACAUCUGGAUCAGGGUUGCCUCCUUGAACAAGGGACGCUGGAGACACAAAAUGUCCGUCUUGCUUGGAAAGGUGUAUGCCGUUGGUGGAUAUGACGGUCAGUCACGACUCAGCAGUGUUGAGUGCUACGACUCUUUCUCAAACCGCUGGACAGAGGUGGCUCCUAUGAAGGAGGCAGUCAGCUCGCCUGCCGUCGCCAGCUGCGUCAACAAACUGUUUGUGAUAGGAGGAGGACCUGACGACAACACAUGCUCAGAUAAGGUACAAUGCUAUGACCCUGAGUCCGACACCUGGUUGCUAAGAGCCAGCAUCCCCAUCGCUAAGCGAUGCAUCACAGCUGUAUCACUGAACAAUCUCAUCUAUGUUUCUGGAGGAUUGACCAAAUCCAUCUACUGCUAUGACCCCACUGAAGAUUACUGGAUGCAUGUGGUUCACACGUUCAGCAAACAGGAAAGCUGUGGUAUGUCAGUAUGUAAUGGUAAAAUCUAUAUCCUGGGAGGGCGUGGUGAAAACGGAGAGGCGUCAGACACAAUCCUGUGCUAUGACCCGGCCACUGGCAUUAACGGCGUGGCCGCCAUGCCCCGCCCCAUUUCUUACCAUGGUUGCGUCACCAUCCACCGCUACAAUGAGAAGUUCUACCAUUCAUGACACUACAAAAAGAUUAACUGAGCCUUAUUAUAGAUAAGGUCACAAUAUGAUAGAUAUACUGUGUGUCCCAUCCCCUCUCAGUUCACAAGCCUCAAGUUAAUGAAGACCAGUCAGUUACACCCAGAAAUACACAUUUUAUUAUAGUAUAAAAAGUUCAUACACCGCUAUUAAAGACGCACCAGUCCAUUUGACGUAAAGGUAAAAAGUAUGUAAUUUCUGGAAUUGCAAAAAUUAUGUCUUUUAAAAGGGGUUUUACCAAACACUCCUGUCUUAAAAACAGAUUGUACCACCCCAAACUCACACAUUGGUUUAGCCAGUGUCUCUGUGAAGGACUGGUAGAGAUGCUCAAAUAAACGGAGCAAUGUUUGUAAAGUGCCACAGAGACGGUGUUUAAAUGGUUGAGGAGUCAACCUCGAAUGGCUUACAUGCUGUUGCCUCUGCAUAUUUUACUGCAAUUAUAAAUUAUUUUAACAUCAAAAUACAAAAGAAAUGACACACUUCCCCUUUAACUGUUUUACAUUCUACCAACGUGAUGUUCAAAUAUAAAGGAUCUGUUUGACAAUAUCACACAGAUAAUGUACAGAUUUGCAUACUUCCAUAUCCAUUACCCAAAUACUCCCAAAGUUGACUGACAACUGAUUGGCUGACAUUUCUUUGGUUCUUUUGUCUCAGAUUUCUCUGUCUGUGAUCUGGGUCACUCCUCUUCCCUUCAUCCCCGGGGUUUGGCAAAUGCCCUCAUUUGGGCUCCAUUUAUUGCAUUAUUAUUGUAUUUUCUUCUAUUGUAUUUUAUUGACUGUGUAUGGUGUAAGUUGUUGUUUUUGAGUGGGUGAAUGGUGUAAUUAUUUGUGACCGGUGGACAGAGUGUUUCAUUGUGAUGGACUCUGUGUAUUUGUGUGUAUAUAUGUGUGAGGGAGUGCGAGACGAUGAUGGUUAAAUACAGAAUAUGAUCUCCAUACGGGAACCACUUUAUGUUGAGCUUCCAUGUGUUAUGGUGUUGUGUCCAAUGGGAUAUACGGUAAACAGAAUUCCAUCAGGCACCAAACCGUAUGUCUAAUCUAAUAGUCUUUCUUAUAAUAUUGCUUUAUGUAUGCAUGUUUUAUUUGGGUGAUUAUCUUGUAGUAUUCAUUGUGGCUAUUAUGACAUUUACCAAAACAAAUGCCACUAUAAGAACUAGUAUGUGUCUGAUAAGGUUUUAUUAAUAGUAAUUGCAUCCAUAUGGAACAUGAGCUGGCAAUUGGACUCCAAUUGAAUCCCAGUUAGUAUUUGGUUAUGAUUUUGCUGCCACAAGGGUGGCAAGACUUAUCCAUUAUACAUUGCAUGUGAAAAACUUGCCUUCGCAUAUGGGAUAUGAUUCAGGUAAUAGAGGCAGUGAGGUCAGGCCCUUGUUUAUAAGUGAAUCAUUUAUGUGCUUAAAUUCUUUUUUUUAUUAUUUAUUCUUAUUAGUAGAAUUCUGAAAGCCCCAACCAUGCACUUAAAUCUUUCUUCAAUAUUUCUCAGCAUACCGGAUGUAAAUAUGAGUUUGAUCCCUCUUGAGGUUUACUGUAUCAGUAAGUGUUUGCAGUGGUGAUAUACCAGGCCAAAUGGCUAGUUCACAACAAAACAUUUCUGUUUUUCUUAUAACGAUAAACUUUGUUUAGAUCCUCAGUGUUUGUGCACACAGAGUGGGGUAGAGAAAAUGAUGUAGCAGCAAAAGAGUGUGUGUGUGUGCGCUUGUCUGUGUGUGGAUUACGUAUGCCUGAUACCAUUUUUUGUAUUUGUCAUCUGCAAGACCACAAAACAAAACAUACACAUUGUUUGUUUUAGAUAAUCUGCAUGGAAACUGUAUAACUGAAAGAAAGCACUCCACACACAGAUACUGCAAUGCAACAUGAGUUUUUGGUGUGUAGUUUGACUAUUAUAAAUGAAUGUAUGGAGUUGUGGAUGUGAGCUUCUAAGUGUCUUUUGCGUGAGUUUGAGGCUUUCAGAUGCUGAAAGAACAAUUUUCAGACCAUUUUUAGUGGGAAAAGCCAUAGAAAGAAUGAGUGUUUUUAAAUUGUAAAUAUCUGUCUCUCUAUUUGAAACAGUCCUUGUACAAUUUAUGGGAUUUAGUUAGCUGUGCAUGUUAAACAGUUUAACUCAUAUACUGUAAGCCAAACAAUACCCAUUGUUAUGAUAUGGAUGUGCCUUUAGAACAGAUUCCAGUUACAGUUUUGAGGAAAGUGCUAAAAGAAUACUGUUUAGUGAUUGUGGUGGAAUAAUAGACUCUUGACAACUAGCAAGAGAUAUUUGAAUGGAUCUUUCUGUUAUUUCAGUGCAAUAUUGUGAGAGAUGUGUCAUCGUUUUAUAUGUGUAAUACUGUCACUUAAAAUCCCUUGCUGUUCUGAGUAAUUGAAAUGCACAAGAGCUUAAUAUGGUGUAUGCAUUUGUUUUCUCAAUAAAGCUAUAUUAC